AUGUCAACUCCUCCUCGAGAGGACCUCAACAACUUUCUUGUUCCGCAUUCUACAUCGGUGAGUCCGAAGGCUGUUGGCACUACUAUAAAUCUACCGAAGCAAAGUUCGCCUUGGUUGACUGUUCCUCCUUCUACAGAUGCCCACACUCCCUCAGUGAUAAAACACGGAAAUCCGAUGCCAGUUCGAUCCAUUUCCACCCUGAGUUUCCAUGAUACAAAAGAUGCCAUAUCAUCAGCUGCACCUUUCCCAUCAAUUCCAUCCAAGCUCGAAGUUCAGACUGCUAAGAACGAAACUGAUGCAGAAAUCAACCAACUGAAGGCAGAGCUUGCAUCUCUUCAAUAUGAAAGAAAGUCUUUUGACCACAUUGCACAAGCAUUAACUCCAAACACGAAUACACAUGGAAUUCACGAAUAUCGUGGACUAAUCAUGCUCGAUACUACUAUACAAUCUAUUAUGCAAGAUAAUCAGAGAAAAGCUAAAGAAGCGCAAAAUAACGCGUUGGUCGCAUCAACUCAUAACCUGACAGAUACAAAACACAUGUUACCAAUGUAUAGACAUAUCGUAGAUUACCCUCAAUUCAAGUCAACAAUCGAAACUAACUCCGAUUUACUUGUUCCAAUGAUAGGAAUUAGAUAUGGCGAAACUCUUACAUUAAGAGAAAAGGAAGAUGAGCUCACACAGAAGUACAAAGAAUUGGACGCUCCUUGGCAAUACCGUCAGAAAAUUAUUGAUGAAUAUAAUGACAGAACUGGUGAGAAAUCUGAGACAUGGCCUUCAGAAUUUAACUUUGAGAGACCAAAUCCUGAUGAAGCAUCCCGUCUGAAAUGGGCUGCUGAGGAUAUUCCGCAGAUUUUAGCAAAUGAAGAAAAAUUAGCCAGAACUUAUAUUGAUACAAACGCUUUCGUUUCUGAACCUAUUUCUCAAUUCAAACAAUACAAAAACAGACUCACGUGGACUGAAGAAGAAAAAACAAUUUUCGUCGAAAAAUACAGACAACAUCCUAAAGAUUUCGCAAAGAUAGCAGAUGCAUUACCAGAAAAGGAUGUUAAACAAGUUAUAGAGUUUUAUUAUUUGAAUAGAUAUCAUCUCAAUCUUAAAGAGAACGAAGGUGCAGCAAAGAGACGCGGAGGAAACAAGAAGGUUAUUACGGAAGGCUCAAAGAAGAAUUAUUGA